AUACGUGUCGUUUUCUUGUGUCGUUGUGUCGCUCUCAACGUGUUCAUUUUGUUUUCUUUGGCAAAAAAGGUAAAAAUAAUUAUUAACUGAAAAUAUCGUAAACUGUGAAAUUUGAACGGAAAACUUAGAUUUCUUAGAAAGAUCAAACUAAAACUAAUAAAACAGCUGCUUUGCAACAAAACCAAAACAGUCCUAAAAAGAUGGCCCCACCACAAAGGAUGCGUGUCGCCAAUGAAAAGGCUAGCAAAUACGUGACCAUGCGAGGCAACGUACCUAAGUCAUCGAAAUCCAAAGAUAAUCAAUACCCUGUCGGACCUUGGCUUUUGGCACUGUUUAUAUUCGUGGUUUGCGGUUCUGCUAUUUUUCAAAUAAUCCAGUCUAUUCGAGCAGCGUAAAACUACAAACACAAACUAAAAUAGAUCUUUAAUUUAAAAUGCAAUGAAUAUUCUUCCGAAAUCCAAUCAUAAAUAAUUGCCAUAGUUUUAAAAAGUUAAAUGAUUUCAAAUAAUAGUUUAUUCUUAUGUGCUUGAAGUCUGAAAGGAUUUAUUUAUAUGUUGAAAAUUAUAAACAUUGAGGAAUUAAAUGUAUUAUUUAGUACUUUCAAGUUUAAAACGUAUAAAUUCAUUUUCGAAAGCAUUCCUUCUUGGUGAUUAUUGUGAUUGGUUGGUUUUUCUCGAGCAACAUAUUGUACUGUAAGCUCGGUAUUUAACAUAAAACUUAAAAUUUAAAUUGAUUUACGUAAUUUUGUAUAGAAAUGAUAAUAUAUUAAUUUUUUACUUCUUACAAAUGAAAAAAAAAAAUUGUGUUUUUAUUUUAGGAAUUAGUAAAUUAAAAUGUAUCAAUUUGUUGCAGUAAAUAUGGAUAUGGAUAAAAAUGCAUGGAUAUAUGGAUAUGGAUAAAUAUGCAAUGAAGACUUAACUAUUAUACAACUUGACCUGUUUCAAUAGACGUUAUAUAAAAGUAAAUGUAUAUUGUUAUCAGGUUGACGAAAACGUCGGAUUUUGUCAAUGAAACCAUUUAAAGUAGUGACUUAUUGUACAUUUUAAGCAGCAAAGCGCUUAAAGCCAAAUUGCAAUAAUCAUAUAAAAGUUGGAUUACAAAAUUCAAAGUUUCUUUGAAUUCGAAACAAUACUAUUUGUUAUCGCCAAUUUUAGCUACUCGACAAAUUAAUUACUCAUGUUGAUUAAUUGACACAGAGACGCAGUAUAAAUAUACAAUAGUAUAUAUACCGAGACCAGAGAUUUCUGUUAACCAUCGGGUCUACGUAACCAGAACGGAACUAGAUUUUUAUCCAUCCAAGGACUGGCAACUCGGCAGCAUUCUAUUAUUAGCAAAUAAUGUAUGUUAACGUUUCAAAGAGUUUCUUCAGAUCGAAUCUUUCAUGUUACAAUGGAGUUUCGGAAGUCGUGACUUCAGGGAUAAUUGCAAUUAAAAAAAUCGGUAUCGAUAAAAUGUAUAUCGAUUUAGACCAUUAAAUCAAAAAAACAAAUAACAGCUGAUCUUAUAUUAUUUUGGAAGCGAAAUUCAUAUAAAUUUUUGUGAAUGCGGCGGUUAUUUCACACGUUUUUAAGUGUUAUGUCAAAGAAAAAAAGCAAAAAGUUUGCUACCGUUGUUCCUGUAGAUGAGAAGAAACCAAAUGAUGGUCCUUUGCAGUUGGACAAAAGCGGUAACAUUUGCAUUCGAAUCCUCGCUAAACCCGGUGCCAAAAUGAAUGGCAUUACGGAUAUAGGAAAUGAAGGAGUUGGAAUACAAAUAGCAGCACCGCCCACAGAAGGAGAAGCAAACGCAGAGCUCGUCAAAUACCUUUCCAAACUUUUAGGAUUACGGAAAAGCGACGUAUCGCUGGAUAAGGGAUCUCGAUCACGCAAUAAAUUAAUAAUGGUUAGUAAAGGAGUUACCACAAUGGAAAAUGUAAACGAAGCACUAAAGAGGGAAUGCGGAACGUAGAAUGUAGAAGAAUGUUUAUGUUAAGAAUAUUUAAAUAAUUGUUUCAUCAUUGGAUUUACAUACAAUCACUGUCAUAGGCAUCGUCUUUUAUCCAACCAAACAGAAAGUAUCCAACUGUAAGGCCUAAUAGAAUUGAAAGGCACAACCAGUAAUUGAAACUCAUAAAUAUCAACAUAAGUAGCAUAGAUAAUGUAACUUGAAAUAAGAACAAUAAGAUAUCUUUUCUAGUUCUCGACGAAGAAGGAACUGUCGCAAAAACUUGACACCUUCAUACAAGAAUGCAAAAAGGAAAAUAGCAAACGCAGACAAUGAAAAUUCUAAAAUUGUCCUUGCCGUCCAACCCUUCCAGAGAAUUUGCUCGCAAUGCCCACCAUGAAACUGAAAAUAUGCCAACAAAUAAGCUUUGCAGUAUUACACAAACCAUUUGAACUUACAAGCAUUAUAUGCGGGCAAGAAAUUUCCAUUUUAUCGCCACCAUGGUCUUUAUGACCUUCAGACAUUAUAAGUAUACUCCUUGCUUUCAGCGUAGAUAAACAAAAUUGAAUAUUUUUGAUUAAA